UGGCCGCGGCCUCCCUGCCCUGCGAGCGGCCGCCCGGGAGUCCCGGAGCUGCGGGGUGGGGGCGGGGGGAGCGCUGAUCCGGCCGAGCGACCCCGGGCCGGGUGGCCACGUGCGGGAAAUGUCCGCCUGGCUCCUGCUGUCUCUGGACACCCCAGCGUUCCCUUCCCCUUCCCGCUCCUCGAAGGGCCGCUCUUCUUCACCUUUUCUUUAUUUUCUGGUUUUUUGUUGUUGUUGUUGUUUUUUGAGGUUGCAGGCAUCAGCCGCACCUCGGACCUUGACCUGCGGCCUGGGAGGAGGCGGGAGAGAUCCACUGGCCGGGCAGAGACCACCUGACCACCUUCCUGGGCGCCGGAGUCCGGGCCCCACGCCAGGACUCUCCCUUUCCCCCGCAGCAUGCAGCCCCAGGAGAGCGGCGUCCAGUACAGCAGGUGGGAUGACCGCAGCCGGGAUGAAGUCCACGUGGUGGCUGGGUCCAGCCCAGAGGAGGCCUGGACCUGGGAGAGGAUCUCCCGGAAGCUGUGCUCGGGCAAGCUGGGCAUCGCCAUGAAGGUACUGGGCGGACUGGCCCUCUUCUGGGCCGUCUUCAUCCUCGGCUAUCUCACUGGUUACUACGUACACAAGUGCAAAUAAGGCUGCCCAGCACGCACACUCGGGGCUGGCCGCCCGUGCGUGGGGACAUGGGCUUGGGCGGACACCCCUGUACGCCAGAACCCCCUUUGUAUACACUGAACCCCAUGUACACGAUCCUCGUAUA